CGAGUUCGUCUCACACGACCCAGAGCAACAUGGCGAUCGACAACGUGACCGUGUUCAAGCUCGUGUCUCUGGUGAGCAUAUGGGUCGUGGGGUUCGGCGGUGGCGUGCUUCCCUUCUUCAUUCGCCAGCAGAACAGGAAGCUCAUGAGUCGUCUCAACUGCUUGAGUGGCGGAGUCUUCCUUGCCGGGGGGUUCAUGCAUUUGCUGCACGCGGCAAUGGAGAACCCAGGGUUGGCCAAGUGGUCCACUGUAGACGAAGGAAUCUACGCAUUUCCGUACGCAGAAAUGUUCUGCACCAUCGGGUUCCUCGGCGUGUUGAUCAUCGAGCAGCUAGCCCAUACCUUGCAAACGCCGUCCGCGUCGCCCACCAACUCUUCAUCGCACCACCAUCCCCAUGAUCCCCACCUGUCAGAAGACGAACGCGAUAUCGACAGCGCGCCUUUCCUGGAGCAAAUUGAGGGCGCGACGUUGCCGCCAAAGAAGCGAAAGAAGUCGCACGACGAACAUGACGAACACCUCGCGUUUGACAAAAAUGCAUCUGGCGCGGUCGCAUUUGUUCUCUUCGUCGCGCUGUCGUUCCAUUCGGUACUUGAAGGACUGGGCAUUGGAGCGCAAUCGACGUCUGCAUGGGGAGUGUUCUUGGCAAUCAUUCUGCACAAGGGGCUCGCGGCAUUCGCCCUUGGCAGCGGCAUGCUCAAGAGCCAGGUGAACAAGGCCAAGUUCAUCGCGUACAUGUUUCUAUUCUCCAUGAUGAGCAUCCUCGGCAUCAUCGUCGGAUGGUGCAUCGCAGACUCGGAAGAGUCGGAAGACUCGGCUGCCGCGGGCAUCUGCCUCGCGCUUGCGUCCGGCACGUUCAUCUACGUUGCCGUGAUGGAGAUCAUUCCGCUCGAGUUUGGCCACGGCCGCAGCGACCCGCCCAAGACGCUGCUCCUCCUGUUUGGGUACGCCGUGUUUGGGUGCCUCGCAAAAUGGUCAUAGCGGCAUAUCUUGUUUAACACAUCGAACAACCAACAACGCUUUUGUCCA